AUGUUUGCCGACUCCUCAAAAGUCUUUAUGGCCUUAAACAGGCCUCCCGACAAUGCUCUUCUUGUCUAUGUCGAUGACAUAAUCGUUGCUAGCAACUCCCUUACCUCCAUUUCCCUUCUCCGUAAUUUUUUAAACAACCAUUUCCGUAUCAAAGAUCUUGGUCCCCUACGGUAUUUCUUAGACAUUGAAGUGGCUCGAUCCCCCAAAGGAAUUUUUCUCUACCAACGCAAAUACACAUUGGAUAUUUUAGCUGACAUUGGACAUCUUGCUUCCAAACCCUUUAAACUUCCAAUGGAACAGAACCAAAAAUUAUCCAAAUCCUUUGGCCUUCCCUUGUCCAAUCCCACUCCUUAUCGCCAACUCAUUGGUCGUUUGCUUUACCUUACCAUCACCAGACCUGACAUUAGCUAUCCAAUUCAAGUCCUCAGUCAAUUUAUGGAUCGCCCUUCCACUACUCACCUUGCUGCAGCACACAAAGUGCUUUGCUACCUCAAGCAAGCACCUGGCCAAGGCAUCCUCUUGUCUGCAGCUUCUUCUAUUCAGCUCAUUGGUUAUUCUGAUUCAGACUGGGCUUCUUGCCCAGACUCUCGCAGGUCCGUCACUGGUUUUUGUGUGUUUAUGGGACACUCUCUCAUCUCCUGGCGGUCGAAGAAACAAACUGUGGUUUCCCGAUCCUCUGCUGAGGCUGAAUACCGGGCCAUGGCCUCCAUCUCCACUGAACUCACAUGGCUCCGACAUUUAUUGGCUGACCUUUCCAUCUCUCACCCUCAACUAGCUGAGUUAUUUUGUGACAAUCAAGCUGCUUUACACAUUGCUGCGAACCCAGUGUUUCACGAACGGACAAAACACAUUGAAGUGGAUUGUCAUCUUAUUCGGGACAAUAUUCAAGCUGGUACUCUCCGGACUGCUCACGUUUCUACUCGUUUGCAGGUUGCAGACAUGUUUACUAAGUCUUUACCAUCUCACUUACUCUACUUACACCUUUCCAAGUUGGGAGUAGCUGACAUCUACUCUCCAUCUUGCGGGGGGGUAUCAGAGUAG